GUCGCAUGCCGAUUCUUUGCCACGCAAUUCUUCCUCCCAACAACAUUCACAUCCAUGGAUCCAGCGACGGAAAAUGCGCCAGUCGCAGUAUUCAAGAAGCGAGGAGCCAAGGGCAAAGCCAACAUAAGAAAACGCCCAGCAACGCCGCCGCCAAACAGCGACAGCGACUACUCCUCGUCAGAAGAUGAAACCGGACAGAGAGUCAAGCGGCACAAGAAGAGCGCUGUUGUAACGGCCUCAUCUAAAGAUGCAGCAACAAUCUCAAAGGACCUGUCUGCAACAGCUCACACGGCAGACCGCAAUAUUCCCAUAUCCGACGCCAACGACGCGACAAAACAAAGCAACUGGUACGACGAAGACAGCAAGGAUGCAUUCUCAGCCAAGAAUCUCCUUGGAUCGACUCGAUCGAACCCAAGCGCACCCGAUGGCACAUACAAGGGCCUAGCAAACCAAACAUCAUUUAUCACAAAAAACCCAGACGCACCACAGCGGACUGUUGGACCGAUGAAGGCGCCAACCAACAUCCGAACAAUCACUGUGACGGAUUACUCCCCCGAUGUUUGCAAGGACUACAAGAAAACGGGCUUCUGUGGUUUUGGCGACAACUGCAAGUUCUUGCACGCCAGAGAAGACUUCAAGCAGGGAUGGCAGCUAGACAAGGAGUGGGAGAUUUCUACAAAGGGCAAACAUCAUCUUGGCGGCACCGUCGUUGCAAGCGCCAACCGCGACAAGGCGGCUGACGUUGACGAUGAAGAAGAAUAUGCCAUGCUAGAAAAGAUCCCAUUUGCAUGCAUUAUUUGCAAGGAGUCGUACAAGGAACCGGUUGUCACCAAGUGCGGCCACUACUUUUGCGAAGCCUGCGCUCUGAAGCGCUACCGCAAGGACCCUACAUGUGCGGCAUGCAGCGCAGGAACAAACGGCGUGUUUAACUCAGCAAAGAAGCUGAAGAAGCUACUGGAGAAGAAGCGGGAAAAGAAAGCCCAGAGACGCCAGGCAGCUAUUGACGCUGGCGAGGCCGUCAGUUCUGACGAGGAAAAGUAAGGGGAAUGCCAACCCGCGUAUAUCCCUUUUGUAUAUAUUUCUGUAAAAAUACGGUGAUGAUGAUGAUGAAGUAGAUAAAUAGCAUAGCGAUUUUAGAAGUAACAAAUAAGCAUAAAUUUUUAUCUACCUUUAGCGUUUAUCUGUACGCGCUCCGUGAUGAUGAGGCUGCCUAUUCAGCCUGACGCAACGCGGCCAAUCAUGGCGAGCCCCCCACCAUGCCACCCCGCCAUGUGAUCUCGGGCAACCGCCAGUGCAUGUCAUCCUCUUGCA